CAAGAUGACUCCCGAUCGUCGUCGUCGUCGACUUCCCCCGCGCCCGCCGACAACGAAGAGUCCGACUUCUUCCUCGGUGCAAACGAUUCCCAGUCGAGCAUCGGAGUACCAAACUUUCAAGAUAUGCAGGUCGAGGAUGAUUGCCAACCGCCGGUUAACCGCCUGCCAAACGAGAUCCUCAUCAGCAUCUUUGCCAAGUUGAGCGCCACUUCAGACCUCUACCACAGCAUGCUUGUCUGCAAGCGUUGGGCCAGGAACACAGUCGACCUUCUUUGGCAUCGUCCUGCUUGUACGAAUUGGAGGAACCACAGCAGCAUUUGCCAGACCCUGCAGCUCGAGCACCCUUUUUUCAGCUAUCGUGACUUCAUCAAGCGGCUUAACCUCGCUGCCCUCGCCGAUAAGGUCAACGAUGGUAGCGUGUUGCCUCUCUCAGUGUGCACCCGCGUCGAGCGACUGACACUCACCAACUGUCGCGGGCUUACCGACUCUGGUUUGAUCGCCCUCGUCGAGAACAGCAACUCGCUCUUGGCUCUCGAUAUUUCCAACGACAAGAACAUUACGGAACAGUCGAUCACUGCCAUCGCCGAGCACUGCAAGCGCUUGCAAGGACUCAACAUUUCCGGCUGCGAGAACAUCUCGAACGAGAGCAUGAUUGCACUGGCAAACAACUGCCGGUAUAUCAAGAGAUUGAAACUCAACGAGUGCGCCCAGCUUCAGGAUGAUGCUAUUCACGCUUUCGCCAAUAACUGUCCCAACAUCCUCGAGAUCGAUCUUCAUCAGUGCAGUCGCAUCGGCAACGGCCCAGUGACGUCUCUGAUGGUCAAGGGCAACUGUCUGCGCGAGCUUCGAUUAGCGAAUUGCGAUUUGAUCGACGACGAUGCCUUCCUAUCGCUUCCUGCUGGACGACACUUUGAGCACCUCCGCAUUCUCGACCUGACUUCUUGCAUGCGCUUGACGGACGCUGCGGUCCAAAAGAUUAUCGAUGUGGCACCGCGCUUGCGUAAUCUCGUGCUCGCCAAGUGCCGGAACAUCACUGAUGCUGCUGUGCAUGCUAUUUCUAAGCUUGGCAAGAACCUGCACUAUGUGCAUCUUGGUCAUUGUGGAAACAUCACCGAUGAGGGAGUCAAGAAGCUUGUUCAGAACUGCAACCGCAUCCGAUAUAUCGAUCUCGGCUGCUGCGUCAACUUGACGGAUGAGUCAGUUAAGCGACUUGCUCUUCUCCCCAAGCUGAAGCGUAUCGGUCUCGUCAAGUGCAGUUCUAUCACAGACGAGUCUGUCUUGGCGCUUGCUGAAGCCGCGUACCGACCCAGAGUGCGACGAGAUGCCAGCGGUGUUCUUGUUGGCGGCGAGUACUACGCUUCAAGUCUUGAGCGUGUCCAUCUCAGCUACUGUAUCAACCUCUCCCUCAAGAGCAUUAUGAAGCUGCUCAACUCAUGCCCAAGACUCACCCACCUCAGCUUAACUGGAGUAGCUGCCUUCCAGCGCGACGAUUUCCAGCCCUACUGUCGACAAGCGCCUCCAGAGUUUACUCAGCACCAAAGAGAUGUGUUUUGCGUCUUUUCAGGCACCAUGGUGUCUAAGUUCCGAGACUUCCUAAAUACUUCACCACAGUUCGAGGAAUAUUGGGAGACCAACAGCUGGCCGCGCUCAGCUCGCUGGGACGCUAUUCGGGCACCCCGUAGCUCUGUGGCCGCUCAACAAUCGGCUGCCGCGGGUGAGGGAGCCGAUGAUGAAAUGGCCGACGAUGACAACGACUUUGAAGGAAUGGACGGUAGCGAGAUGGCAGUGGAUGCCCAGGUCCCGAUUCCCGUCAACGGAAACGUCCCCAACGGAACUGUGAAUCCCAACCAGCUCAUGAACAACACAUUCACACAAGCCAUCCCUGUGCCCCCUCCG